UACAAUGCUUUCGCACCUUAUCCUGUGCCUGAAAUCCACAGAGUUGCUCUGGACUCCCUCAUUCUUCAGAUGAAGAGCAUGUCUCUUGGAGAUCCACUCUCCUUUGUUUUUAUUGAUCCACCCCCGGCUGCAAGUAUCCAGAAUGCUGUUUUUUAUCUAAAGGAACAGGGGGCGCUAGACAGUCGUGGUGAACUGACGUCUAUUGGUAGUUUGCUGGCACAGCUUCCCGUUGAUGUGGUCAUAGGGAAGAUGCUGGUGCUGGGCUGUUUGUUUAACUUGGUGGAGCCCGUGCUGACGGUGGCAGCAGCCCUCAGCGUUCAGUCACCUUUCCUGCGUAGUUCACAGCACAAUCCAGAUUGUGCCACUGCCCGGCAGCCCCUGCAUAGCAACCAAGGAGACCCCUUUACCCUCCUCAACACUUUCAAUGCCUGGGUGGAGGUAAAAGGGGAGAGAGGUGGUGGAUCAAGAAAAUGGUGCAGAAGGAGAGGCUUGGAGGAGCAGCGGCUGUAUGAGAUGGUGAACCUACGCAGACAGUUCAAGGACUUGCUGAGGAGCCACAGCCUGCUGGAAUCAGAAGAUAGCACUCCCUCUGGUGGUGACCGUGUGCAACGCAGGGAGAGGCUAACUGAGAGGAGAAAGCUGCAUCAGCUGAAGAGAGAUCAUGAACAGCAGGAGGGAAGCAAACGUAAAGUCCUGAGGUUGGAGGAGGGUCAGGAAGGAGACUCUUCAGGAUCAGACACAGAGGAAACAGGAAGGUCUAAGAGGAACAAGGAGGGGUCUGGACAGAACUUGGACAUACAG